AUGGUUCAACUCGGCUCUGCCCUCGCCAUCGGCGUCCUCGGUCUGGCCAGCGUUGUUUCCGCCCACCCUGGCCAUGACCACAAGGCUGAAGCCGCUGAACGUGCCUUGUACAUGCGCAAUGCGCCCAUCCAGUCCCGCAGCCUGUCCCAGUGUGCCUCCCAGAUGAAGGCUCGCGGCCUUGAAAGCAAGAAUGUUGCUCGUCGCGCUGCUGCGGUCAAGAACCUUCGCCGCCGUCGCGGACUCAAGUCUGACGCGAACUAUCUCAAGGCUCGUGACCUCGACACUGCUCUAGCGACAUCGCACGCUUCCAACCUGACUGGUGUUGAUUUCAACACUGACCCAAGUCUGCUGUUUACCUCCGAGGGCAGCUGCAUUCUCGCCCCAGAUGUUACUCAGGGACCUUACUACGUUACCGGCGAGCUAGUCCGCCAGGAUAUCACCGAGGACCAGCAGGGUGUCCCUCUGUUCAUGGAUUUCCAGCUGAUCGACACCAACACCUGCGAACCUCUGCCAAAUAUCUACACCGAUAUCUGGUACUGCAAUGCCACUGGUGUCUACUCUGGCAUCAGCGCUAGCGGCAACGGAGACUCCUCUGACACAAGCAACCUCGACGCCACUUUCCUGCGCGGAAUCCAGGCCAGCAACGCUGACGGUGUUGUCCAAUUCGAGGGAAUUUUCCCCGGUCACUACACUGGCCGUGCUACUCACAUUCAUGUCCUGACUCACCCCGCCAAUGAGACUAUUCUUCAGAAGAACGGUACUAUCUCUGGCCUUUACUCUUCCACCUCCUCCCACGUUGGACAGACCUUCUUCGACCAGGACCUCAUCGCUAAGGUCGAGAAGACCUCGCCCUACAGCACAAACACCCAAGAUUUGACCACCAACUCCGAGGACAGCAUCCUCUCAGAGGAGGCCGACACUAUCGACCCCUUCAUGGAGUACAUCCUUCUUGGUGACUCCGUUAGCGACGGUAUUUUUGCCUGGAUUUCUGUUGGCGUUGAUUCUACUGUGGACUCUUCCGUUACUCCUGCCGCCUACUACACCGAGGAGGGUGGUGUUGAGAAUGAGAACUCUGGCAUGGGCAUGGGCGGCGGCGGCGGCGGCGCUCCUCCCGGCUUCGGCUCUUCCACCUCCAGUGCUUCCGGUAGCCGCAGCACUAACUAA